AUGACUGUGCUCAACACCGAUGCGGGGGUCUUCGAGCGCCGCCGUCAUUUCAAGUUCUACACCGUCCUCAUCAUCCUCUUCGUGUCACUGGGCACGUGUUCCUAUGGCACUUCAGCCUCCAUCAUCAGUACCACGCUGGGACAGCCUUCCUUUUUUGUGGCCAUGGGUCUCAAUGACUCCAACAUGGCCAGCUUGACUGGUGCCAUGAACAGUCUCUACUACGCCGGAGGCAUCUUCGGCGCCGUCUGCCAUGGCUUGAUAGCUGACAGAUAUGGACGCAAGUGGGACAUCUUUGUCGGCUCAACUUUUGUUCUCGUCUCUCAAGCAUUGAUCACUGGAUCUGUGAACCCCGCUAUGUUCAUCGUCUUUCGGUUCUUCGCCGGCUGGGGAGGGUUUCAAUUGGUGGCCGCCGUCCCAAUGUGGAUUGCAGAAAUCGUUCCACCGGCACAUCGCGGCAUGCUCAGCGACAUUGCUCCCAUCAUGAUCAACGUCGGCUACACGCUCACUGGAUAUGUUGGGGUCGGCUUCUACUUUUUUGAUUCGAAAGAUGCCUGGAGGGGCCCAAUGGCUCUGACAAUGAUUCCCCCAUUGAUCCUCUGUUGUGGGAUCUAUUGGAUACCAGAAUCUCCGAGAUAUCUUCUUCUCAAAGACAGAUACGAGGAGGCAUGGGCAAUCAUUGCUCGAUUACAUUCGGAUCCUAGGGACCCUCACAAUGAGUUUGCGAAACGCGAGUACUAUCAAAUGCAACGACAGAUCAAGUUCGACGCUUCCCUGAACACGGGGUACAAAGAGAUCUUCACCAGGCCCUCUUACCGAAAGCGAGCUUUCAUCUCCAUCAUCUUAAUGGUCUGUGUCAUGAGCUCGGGUGUUCUAACCAUACAAAACUACGGCGUCAGUUUGUACGCAAAACUGGGAUACGAUAACCUUCAGACACUGCUCUUUCAAACCGGCUACACUGCAACAGCUCUGUGUUUCAGCAUCAUUGCCAUGACCUACGUCGACCGCGUCAAGCGGAACUAUCUCAUCGGCGUUGGCUUUUGCGGCUGCGGCAUCGCCGUCAUCCUCGAAACAGCGUUGACUGCAAACUUUCUAAACUCUGACAACAAGGCCGGUCUGGGCGCCGCCGUCUUUGCUUUCUUCCUCUAUGUGGUCUUUUUUGAACUUUGUCUGGAUGGACCCGAGUUCUUCUAUCACUCGGAGAUCUGGCCGACGCAUAUGAGGGCGAAGGGUUACACGCUUUGUGUCGCUUUUUACAGCGGGAUCAAUAUAGUGUGGCUUCAAGCAGCACCUACAGCUUUCGCGCACAUCGGUUGGAAGUACUAUAUCUUCUUUAUCCUCUUUUCGGCUCUGGGAGCGUUCUGUGCCUUUUUCAUCUUCCCCGACACCCUGCACAAGCCGUUGGAAGAAGUCGCGGCCAUUUUCGGGGAUCACGACCUGGUCAUCGUUUACCAGAAGGAGCUCGAUAGCGCUCACAUUGCUCUUGAGACUAUCGAGGAGAUUAUUCCCGGAAUGGGCCCGAAGCAGGUCGACGACGCAAGUUCAGAGAAGGAGGGACCACGAACGGCCGUGAUUGAAGAUGUGGGCACCCAAGCCUGA